AAUACAUUUCCCACAGUGCACUGCGGGGUGGGAAAAAAAAUAAUAAACAGAGACCGUCAUGGCGGCGGACAGUGAUCCCGAGUCGGAGGUGUUCGAGAUCACCGACUUCACCACCGCGUCCGAGUGGGAGAGGUUUGUGUCCAGAGUUGAGGAAGUUCUGAAUGACUGGAAACUGAUUGGCAGCAAUGUUGGCAGACCACCAGAGAAGGGUGAAUACACCACUGGCACAUGGGAGGAGAAGUCUAAAGAGAUCAACUUUGCUGAUUUUAAGUUCUCCGUAACGCACCACUAUCUGAAGCAGGAUUCAGUGGAGAGCGAGGGGAAGGAGGAUGAGGAAGAAGAUGCCUUCCCUCUGGCCAUGCAGGACCUGCUGUGUAUGAACAACGACUUCCCACCCAGGGCUCACUGCCUCGUCAGAUGGUAUGGAGUUCGUGAGUUUGUGGUUAUAUCUCCUGGGACGAACUGUGAAGCCAUCAUCAGCGAGUCCAAGUGCAGCCUGCUCCUCAGUUCUGUCUCCAUCGCCCUGGCCAACACUGGCUGCCAGGUGCCCCUGUUUGUCCACAUCCAGCAGAAGUGGAGGAAGAUGUAUGCGGGGGAGUGCCAAGGCCCGGGGGUCCGCACUGAGUUUGAGAUGGUGCAUCUCCGCAAGGUGCCCAGCCAGUACAACCAUCUCUCAGGCCUCCUGGACAUCUUUAAAGCCAAGAUAGGCUGCCCACUGACGCCGCUGCCACCCAUCAACAUCGCCAUCCGAUUCACCUACAUCCUCCAGGACUGGCAGCAGUACUCCUGGCCUCAGCAGCCUCCUGACUUCGACGCCCUGCUUGCUGGGGAAGUGGGCGGCGUAGAGUUCGGCAAACUUCCAUUCGGCGCCUGCGAGGAUCCAAUAAGUGAGCUGCACCUGGCAACAACCUGGCCCCACCUGACCGAGGGCAUUGUUGUGGACAACGAUGUUUACUCUGAUCUGGACCCGCUACAGGCUCCUCAUUGGUCGGUUCGAGUGCGUAAAGCAGACAAUCCACAGUGCUUACUCGGUGACUUCCUCAUGGAGUUCUUUAAGCUGUGCAGUAGGAAGGAGUCCACUGAAGAGAUUCUGGGGAAGAAUUCAGUGGAGGAGGAAGGAAAAGAAAAUACAGAUAUCACACAAGCACUGUCCAAGCUGACCGAGCCCACAUCCGUGCCCAUCCCCAAACUGUCCGUCUCCAACAUGGUCCACAGCGCCCGCAAACGCAUCCGCAGACACCGCCGCCUGGACCAGUCUCCUCUCAACAACGACGUGCUCAACUCCAUCCUUCUGUAUCUCUUCCCAGAUGCAGCUCUGGAUAAGUCUGACACAAGUGAAGCCAAAGCAACCCAGUCCAACCCAGGGGGAAAGCAUGACCAGGACAAAGAUACAGAGGAUUAUAACCUGUUCAACCUCCUGAAGUCCGCCCCCUCUGACAGCCUGACCUACCGACUGGCUCUGUGCAUCUGCUUGGUCAACUUCUACCAUGGAGGAGUGAGAGCAGUGGCCCACCUCUGGCAGGAGUUUGUGUUGGAGAUGCGCUAUCGCUGGGAGAACAACUGCCUCAUCUAUGGGUUGGCUGCCGGCUCCCCUGAUCUCAGGUGCUGCCUCCUUCACCAAAAACUCCAGAUGCUGAACUGCUGCAUUGAGCACAAGAAGGCUCGGGACGAGAGCCGAAAGGAGGGCGGGCGAGACAAGAAAGAGACGGCCUCCUGUGAGAACGGGCUCCUGGGGCCUGACAGUGGACGAGCGGGGGGUUCUGGAGGGUCUCCGGGGAAGUCGUGGGACUCGUGGAGCGACAGCGAGGAUGAGUUCUACGAGUGCCUGAGCGACACAGAGGAAAUGAAGGAGGCGCCGGCUGAGGGAGCUAAAGGAGCCAAGUCCAAACCUGAUGGUCGCCUUCAGCCCCACGGCAAGCUGACCCUGCUCAACUCGGACGAGCCCCUCUACAUCCCUAUCACUCAGGAGCCGGCUCCCAUGACAGAAGACCUGCUGGAGGAGCAGUCGGAGGUGCUGGCCAAGCUGGGGACCUCAGCCGAGGGUGCGCACCUCCGCGCCCGUAUGCAGAGUGCCUGCCUGCUGUCGGACAUGGAGUCCUUUAAGGCUGCAAAUCCUGGCUGUACUCUGGAGGACUUCGUGCGCUGGUACUCCCCGAGAGACUACGUGGAGGAGGAGGUGACUGACGAGACGGGCCAGACGGUCGUCCGCGGCAACCUGAGUGCCAGGAUGCAGAUCCCGGGCAACAUGUGGGUGGAGGCCUGGGAAACGGCCAAGGCCACGCCGGCACGCAGACAGAAGAGGCUGUUCGAUGACACCAAAGAGGCCGAGAGGGUGCUGCACUACCUGGCGGUACAGAAAGCCGCUGACCUGACGCGGCACCUGCUGCCCUGCGCUCUCCACGCAGCUGUACUGAAGGUGAAGGAGGAAGAGUCAGUAGAGGACAUUCCAUCAGUGAGGAAGGCGAUUCAGCAGGUCACCUCUCACGCCAGUAAACUGCUGCGCCACCCCAACCCUGACUACAAGAAACUGGAGGAGACCAUUAACCAGCUCAUGGUGGUGGAGACCAUCAUCGCUCGAGCUCGUUCCCUCAAAGCCAAGUUUGGUUUGGGAAAAGGGGAGAAAGGAGACAAAGGAGUGGACCCGGAUGAUCUGGAGAAGUUUGUAGGCAGUUUGCUGGAGGAGCCGGAGGUGGCUGUGAUUGGUGCGGGGCGUGGCCCUGCCGGCAGCAUCAUCCAUAAGCUGUUCGUCAGCGCUCAGCGGCUGGCUGAUUCCAGUGAUGAGGCUGCUCUGUUGGCUCCAUUGGAAGACGAUCCCGGGCGAGUUGGGGGUUCUGAUGAUCGGAAACCAAUGGGAGGAGGAAGUGGAGUUCCUGAUUUCCCGCCUCCAGCUGGACGGGAGAUCCUCCUGCGUACCUGCGUUCCCCGUCCUGCACCGUACUCCAAGGCCCUGCCCCAGCGACUCUUCUGCGUCCUCAUGAGGGAGGAGUUCAGGCUGGCUGGAGCCUUCUCGUCCGACACGUCUUUCUUCUGAGGAAUUAAAAAAGAGAAAGUGCUUGAGAAAGUGGGGCUUCAGGACACAGGGUGGGGAAGAGGGUGGAGUACAUUAUGGGAUAUCUAUCAACUAUCGACUUUUUUGAGAGUUUCCCCCCUCAUGGGUAAUCGUGGCAAUGGUGGUUUCUGUGUUCUAGUCAGUUUUGGACCAAGUUGCCUUGAUCAGAUAAGGAAAAAACAGUGUUGUUAUGAGGUUAUAAUCUUAACUGGGUACUUUGGGCAACUUCAUAUCUGCGUCCGAUUAAUAGCCCUGAUUGAUACACUGUUUAUCAUGAAAAUCUGUUCAUAUCUGAAGGGUUGUCAUACUCCCAAGUAUUAUUGACCUAAGAGGUAAAAUAAUGUGUUUAAAGUGAUAUUUGAAGACACUUUCACAAUAUUAUCCAAUUCUAUUGCAAUUCAAUCCAAUUCAUCUGGACUCAUUUAUUAAACUCUCUGUAAUAAAAUGAUCAUUGGGUCAACGAUCUUCAAGCGCUGAUAAAAUAUCCUCAAUAUGCUUUAAAAAAUAUUAAGUCGAUAAAAUAUAAGAACAUUAAAGUAAAUUCAUGAUGCGAUACAAUAUUGUCAUACUAUUGCCCACCUCUGGUUUCCCUUAAAAAACUAUUCAAAUUAAACUACACUAACUAUGAUUCCCAUAAACAAACAUACAGUUGGGUCAGUGUUCUUUAUACACUGAUAAUAACAGUAUAUUGAUAUUCGCGAUAUGCUAAACUAUAUUAUUAAUAAGAUAAGAACAUCUCUUGUUCCCCACCAGCUGGUAACUUGAGGCAUGUUAAAAAAAAAUCAUAUUUUUAGUUAAAUUUUGCUAAAAAAAAAAAAAAAAAAGAGAGAGAUCUAGAUUAUCUAGGUCAGUUACAUGUGAAUAUGUGUGAAUAAAGAAUACACACGGGAUAUACACACCUUUCAAGCAGGUACAGCAGUGCUGCUGGAGUUUUUAAACACUGUGUAAAUUCUCACUGUCUUUCACUCUAUCAGACACUCCUACCUAUAGCUGCUCCAUCUUGUAGAUAAAGUAAAGUCUCUACAGACUCUCUCUUGUCCUUCAUCAGUGCUCACAGGAUGCUGCCUACAAGAUGCUGCCAUCAGGACACUGCCCAAAGAAAGUUAAUGGUACACAGGAUUCUCAAUCCUGUGACACGGAGGUGUUUAAAAACUCCAGCAGCACUGCUGUAUCUAAUACACUAUAAUGACUAAUGAUUUAAUAUAAGAAUAAAAUGCUCCUAUAUUUUUAAUGGAGCUGAAAAAAUGACAAAAGACAAAAGAGGUGGAUAUAAAGCACCUUAUGCUUUAUUAAUGUAUCUUCAACACAUGCUUACUUGUGUACAAAAUGAAUCAAGAGAAAGUUUAUAUAUAUACAUGGCAUUAAGUAGGAAAAGCCAAAGCAGAGACAGUUCAUGAGCUGAGCUGAAUUUGAGUAUUUUGGUUAUAUAGUUCGAAUGGUUUGUGCUUCAGAAUUUUUUGACAGCUUGAAAGCAGCAUAGAGCGACUGAUGUUCUCGUAUUGUAACAUUUUAGCUUUGUGAACCUAUGAAACCUAUAAAAAAAAAAAAAAAUAUAUAUAUAUAUAUAUAUAUAUAUAUAUAUAUAUAUAUAUAUAUAUAUAGUAGGUGUGACCUCAAGCCUCAUUGCACAGACCUAACUAGCUUUUAGCUUUUAGCAUAUAGCAUAUGGCGUCUUCUGAGUCCAGAAUCAGGAUUCAACACCGCACCACAUUUUGCUCCUUCUAGUUUCCCAUUAUGUCCCUCCCCAUGUCCUCAAAGCCAGUGACUCUAGAUGUUCACAUCUCUCUGUAAUGGACCAGUAACAUCACUCAAUCACCCUGGCAAUCAGUCGUCCUCAUCCUUUCACUUUCACAACAGUUACACUUCAGAUUAAACCAGGAUAUCAGUUCUUUACUAUAGAUAUGGGAGUUAAAGUUUAAAUACACCGGUUUAAAGUGCAAUUAUAGAUAGAUUGUAUAUUGUAGCCUUAAAAAAAUGUCAGUAACUGAAGCUGUCCUAGUUUGGGUCCUUGUACACGGGUCCUCGUUUCCAGUGAUUUUGUCAGAUCAUCUUGUGCAAAGUCUGUUUAAUGUUUUCCCCUCAGUAUUCAACUGCGAGUGGGUUAUAACUGUGGAACUAGCCAAAGUUGUAAAUGUCCAAUUGACAUUGUGAACACAUCCCUGGUUUAGUAUUGCUCCCCGAGAUGAAAUAAACUACUUUACUGUCAA